AUGACCGCUCUACUGGCAACACUGUGUCUUCUGACGCUAGCCUCCGCCGAACACUUCCAUCACCACGUCCAACAUCAUCACGAGCACGUCAAAGCCAUCACGGUGACCAAGAAGUUGCCUGUGCCGUACCCUGUCACCGUCGAGAAGAAAGUGCCUUACACCGUGGAGGUGCCAGUCGAUAAACCGUACCCGGUCCACGUGCCCAAGCCGUACCCCGUCUAUGUCGAGAAGAAAGUACCGUACACGGUCAAGGAGUACGUCCCGCAGCCGUACACGGUCUUCAAGAAGGAGCCGUACCCGGUCGAGGUGCCCGUCGACAAGCCGUACCCCGUCCACGUCCCUAAACCUUACCCCGUGGUCGUCGAGAAGAAAGUACCUUACACGGUGGAGAAGCACGUGCCGUACCCUGUAAAAGUGGCUGUGGACAAACCUUACCCCGUCCACGUGCCUGUCGUCAAGCAUGUCCCGUACACUGUAGAGAAGAAGGUUCCUUACAAGGUAGAGGUGCCUGUAGAGAAGCCCGUACCUGUGUCUGUGCCCAAGCCUUACCCGGUCGUUGUGGAGAAGAAGGUGCCUUAUACAGUGGAGAAGCCGGUGCCUUACCCCGUCAAGGUGCCUGUAUAUCACCAUCACUACGAGAUCGGACAUGGGUUUGAGCAUGGACAUCACCACAUUCCCAUGUCCAAUCUUGUGGUGAUGGUGAUAUACAGACACAUGGACAGGCACCAUUACGAGCCCAUGUCCGAUCUCGUGGUGAUGGUGAUAUACAGGCACCUUGACGGGGUAAGGCACCGGCUUUUCUACUGUAUAAGGCACCUUCUUCACCACAACGACCGGGUAAGGCUUGGGCACAGACACAGGUACGGGCUUCUCCACAGGCACCUCUACCUUGUAAGGCACCUUCUUCUCUACAGUGUACGGGACAUGCUUGACGACAGGCACGUGGACGGGGUAAGGUUUGUCCACAGCCACUUUUACAGGGUACGGCACGUGCUUCUCCACCGUGUAAGGUACUUUCUUCUCGACGACCACGGGGUAAGGUUUAGGGACAUGGACGGGGUACGGCUUGUCGACGGGCACCUCGACUGGGUACGGCUCCUUCUUGUAGACCGUGUACGGCUGUGGGACGUACUCCUUGACCGUGUACGGAACUUUCUUCUCGACAUAGACAGGGUAUGGCUUGGGCACGUGGACCGGGUACGGUUUAUCGACUGGUACCUCCACGGUGUAAGGCACUUUCUUCUCGAUGGUGACAGGGUACGGCACAGGCACCUUCUUGGUCACCGUGAUGGCUUUGACGUGCUCGUGAUGAUGUUGGACGUGGUGAUGGAAGGGUUCGGCGGAGACAGCACACAAACCAUCCUCAGCAACAUGAUGAGGUGCCUUCUAGUCCUUCUUCUGGUAGCUGCAGUCUUUGGCGAGGAGAAGAAAGCUGACGACAAGAAGAACAAGAAGAGAGGAAUUGACGACUUUGGUGGUCACGAUGUUGGACACCACAACUUUGAAGGUGAUUUUGGGGGGCAUGAUUUUGAAAAACACGAUUAUGGUGGACAUGAUUUUGGAGGUCAAGACUUUGGAGGCCAUGACUUCAGCAACCAUCACCACCACGAGGUGAAGACCAUCACAUAGAGAAAGGAGGUGAAGGUGCCGUACCCGGUCCACGUGGAGAAGAAGGUACCGUACCCUGUCAAGGUGCACGUCGAGAGGCCGGUCCCCUACCCUGUGGAGAAACCUUACCCUGUGACUGUGGAGAAGAAAGUGCCUUACCCUGUCAAGGAGUACAUCCCUAAACCUUACCCUGUCGAGAAGACCAUCCAUUAUCCAGGGAAGGUUCCAGUUGACAGGCCAUACCCCGUGCAUGUUCCCAAGCCUUACCCCGUCUACGUAGAGAAGAAGGUGCCAUACCCUGUAGAGAAACACAUCCCUUACCCGGUCAAGGUGCAUGUCCCCCGGCCUGUCCCCUAUCACGUUCCUGUUGUCAAACACGUGCCUUACCCCGUCGAGAAGAAAGUUCCUUACCCCGUCAAGGUGCCAGUUGAGAAGCCAGUCCCCUACCCUGUGGAGAAGCCUUACCCCGUCUACGUAGAGAAGAAGGUUCCCUACCCGGUGGAGAAGGAGGUGCCGUAUCCAGUCAAGGUUCCGGUCCACAUCCCGAUCCAUGUCCAUGAGCAUCAUGACCAUGAGGAACAUCACUUUGGGGAAGAAGUACACCAUGAGCAUGAGGAACAUGGGUUUGAAAGCUCUCACUCGUCUGGUCAUGAACUGUAAAUGCUCAUCUGAUUUUAUACUGCAUGAAAUUACAAUUUUGCAAGGAACUGUUAUUUGUUUUGUAAUAAUAAAAUUGUGUGUGUUUUA